UCGAUCAGGUACCAGCCGGUACGCCGACAGGUUCAUUGAGAAAAUUUCUCAGGUACCGAUAUGUGUAUGAUUUAUUGUAAUGCUGCAGACCAACGGAGUGGAUUGCUAACAAUGGAAAGUGGAUGCAAGGCAAGCGUACGUGUUCGAAUGCUUGGGUCAGUAUUUCGAUUAUUUUGCUUGGAGUACCAACACGCUGUGGCCGGACAAGCGCUCUUAACAACUGUUGCCAGUGUUGACAAGUAGCCCUUACUACGAUUUCAACUAUUCGUCGAGUCUCAACCUACAAACUUUGUUAGGAACUUAAGUCCUGCGCCUGUGCAUGCCGGGCUGUGACCGAGUCCAGGGUCCCCGAGAACUUAUCGCCAAUUGACAAGGGUAUCGUAUAAUCCUCGUCCCCUUGCCUUGAUAAAUAACCCGCGUUGGUACCCUCGACCAAGGUACACACAUACCCGAAGUGGUCGUUUAAACUGAUAAGGUCAACAAAUCUGAGCGUGUAAACACUGCAGCGGGAUUGCUUCAAUUCAGGAUCGCGUAUAGGACGGAAGAAUCAGCGCUUGUCGACUGCUAUUGGACGACCGGGGUGUUGUAAGAUGUUCCAACGGCAUUCCCGUGUUACCCAGAGCUAUUUUUAGUCGUUGGUAGCUGACUGAUAAGAGGCGCGCUGCCCUGGGAUACGGAAAAGUUGGGAACCACUUGACAGAGUAUAACCAACCAGCACAUCAGCUGUUAACUGCAGUCGGUGUCUUGUCACAUCUCGAACCCCGACCGACCAGUCUCCAACGGCAAAGGGGUACCCUCACAUUCAUCAACGCUCUCAUUGUCAUUACCGAUAGCCUGUUUGCUCGAGUGCCCUUUCUUACUUGUUCGGUAGGCUGCUAAUAUGGUAGACGUGUACCGCACACGCUCCAGUCUGGAACGGGAGAGUUGGACUCUACAGAGACUCAACUCGGCCGGGGACCUCGAGGAGGAGAGCGACACCAAUAGUUCAUCCUCCGAUGAGGUCUCGUGCAUGUCCGAUAGCAACAGUUCCCUCAGCCCAAGCGAAGACGAGCUCUUCUUGGAGUAUCUCUUCUCGCAGGGACUCGCCGACACCGACAUGAGCAGCACAGUCCGUGACGCCCUAUUCAAUAUCCGCGUCGACAACAAACUUGACUUCGACGCUGUUGCGGAGGGCAUAUAUCCCGAGGCCGAACCUGUCUACUACCCACCCCAGCCGACGCCGAUCUUCCCGCCCGACCCUUUGAUGCAUCACAGUUACAACAUGGUUGAACCUCCUAAAACCCCGUACAAUGAUUAUUUCAAACCUCCACCGUACGGCAUAAACACUGACUCGCAGAACGGAACCUACUCGCAACCCCAGUGGCAGCAUUGUCAAGGCGGCAUCAACUUCGCCACCUCGGACAGCCAAAGCCAAUGCGGUAAGCCACCGGUCAUCCAGGAUGUGAGGCACUCGCACUCUGCCCCGACGGCUCUUUCGUCGUUCUCGGUCACCACAGGGUUGUCCGUCGGUGAGACGUCCGUCCAGGUUUCAACAUCGCCCCAAAAUGAGCCGCCGUCUCCUCGAAGCCUCUCCAGUCAGAGGAUGGCACUCCUACCUGCGUCUGGUGUGCGCAUCACGCACAUCCCCGUCAGCAAACCACCCAGAGCAGCCGACACUUCACCCACAGAAUCCGGUACCGUUGUCCGCAAGCCGGUCAGGAGUCGAGGGACCGGUAAAGUGGCGGAUGAACUCAAGAUCCACAAGUGCACGUACGCUAACUGCGGCAAGAUGUACUCCAAGAGCUCCCAUCUCAAGGCGCACCUGCGUAGACACACGGGGGAGAAGCCCUUUGUGUGCACCUGGGAAGGCUGCAAAUGGCGGUUCUCUCGCUCGGACGAGCUGGCCCGUCACAAGCGGUCUCACUCCGGGGUCAAACCGUACCAGUGCACCAUCUGCGAGAAGAGGUUUUCCCGCUCGGACCAUUUGUCCAAGCACAUUAAGGUUCACAUGAACGGUGUCACCCGGGGAAUGAAAACAGCCAAUAACAUGAUGUGCUCUCGAUGAGGCUGUUAGUGCAAACAGAAGACACGGCCUUUUUAGGGGGGGGGUUUCCCUUUUGUCCAAGUGGGCUGCGUAUUUUGUAUGCUGCAUUACAUGAAGUUCGGGAAAUCUUCGAAGCAACUUUACUUUGCCAGGCUGGACAGCUGUUAUUUCUGUUCCUGAGAGGAGAGGUUGAAUUGAAUUUCUAGUAGUUAUUGUCAAGUUGUGUUCAUUUACAUAAAACAUUGUAUAUUUCAACUGGUACGCAAACUCUAAGCUAAGAACUUCAGAAGAUGAACUUUCCAUCUGUGUAUCACAAUGCUAGAAUUCCGAAAUCGUCAUCGUGAUGUUUUGGGUGCUGGGUACAAAACACCGGGUAUUAAGCUUUGAGCAGUUGUAUAUGUUUUUACGAGGAGAAAGAAAGGUAUCAAGUAUUUUUGAAAGUCGUUUUUUUUUUUUUUUUGCCGAGUUGUAUUUUCCCGUGACAGUGAGUUCACACGAACCAGGCCUUAUUAUUUGGGGAAGUUGAGUACGAUGAUAGAAGUAGGACAGCGAUCGCUGUGUAUUAACACACACGAUCCCUUUCAAAGGCUGUUGACUUUCUCGGUUGCUUACAUAUCCUGAGUUGCUUUAAAUAUUGACUGAAAUACAAUGGUCAAAUAUACGCUCGUCAGUGGCCAAGUAAGCGCUCGUCCAACGUUACCGCUUUUGUAUUUUUGGUGUGGUAAAUGAACUUAAGGUUUGGCAGAGGAGGACCUAAACCGAGGUUUGUGUGUAUAUCAAGGCUGCUGCUUCAUUCUUAUAAUUUACAGAUCGCGUUUUCUGCGAGAGUAGUUUGUAGAACUUCCGGGCAAGGGAUAAUUUAGACUUUCCAUGGCUGUUUAUUCCUCUUUUAAAGUUUCAUGUGUAGAUAAAAUGCUGUAGGAAGUGCAAAACCCAAGCUUGCCUCUACUGAAUCUGCUUUUAGUUGGUAGAAGUAGAACGACAGAAUCCGUUGUUUCCUCCCUGGGAGACGUCUGUAGAUGUUUAGCUAAAAACCUUUUUGUGCAUAGUUUUUUGCUUUGCCUAAAUUAUUGUCUGUGCGCCUUUGCUUAAAAAGGCAUUUGCUGUUACAAGUAACAGUUUAACGUGGGAAAGUAUUCACUGAAAACAAUGGUAAAAAGAACAAAAAUUACAAGAGUUUGAAAACAGGGAGAAAGUGUGGAGUCAUCUGGGAUUUUGUGUUUAUAAUUCAGAUGCAAUUUAUAGCCAAGUAGAAAAAGAACCGUUCAGCAUCUGAAGUCAAUGUCCUCUCUGGUAGCACCUCCAAAGAAUUCUUUGACUGGCGGGACCCAUAAAUAAGCAGGAAAUUAAUGCAGUGGAUAUAAACGAAGGGGUUAUAGGCCCCAAUGUCAUUGAGGAAUGUGCAUAGAGCAAGACACGUUGGCCAUCUUAUAAGUGUCCGUUGCUAAGCUUUAGGGUGGGUGGAGUUGGUUGGGUGGGAGUUCCUUACUGCAGCUGUAUUUCGUCCUUUAUGUGUUCAAUGACAAGCAGAAGGCUUGCUUUGUUUUGGGUUCAGUAAGUCAGAGCUAACUUCACUGUAAGUCGUUUCUACCUCCACAUUUUAUAUCUCCCACCAGUUAUCUUUGCUUUUGUAAAUUGGAUUUUGUAUUGUACAAUGCGUGGAAUUCAAUGUGCUGUAUAAGAUAACACGUCACUUGAGCAUAUCGUGAUAAGAAAAUAAAAGGAUUUACCACGAGUCACAUUA